AUGGCUACAGAGAUUACCCUCAGUUCAGUUCUUCUUCACAUUUGUGCGUACUUGACGUUUCCCAGUGGGAGUACCUUGACCGACGUCCCUGUUGUUCACACCGACCUCGGGGCCGUCGCUGGCCGGAAGUUAACCGUCUCUGGAGAACAAGUUGACGCCUUCUAUGGCAUUCCUUAUGCAGAACCGCCGGUGGGAAAUUUGCGGUUUCAAAAAUCGUUGCCUGCAAAGCCCUGGAAAGAGGUCCUCAGCGCAACCAAGAAACCCAAACCCUGCUGGCAAUUUGACUUUCCCUUCGGCGUAAAUAUUACUUUGCAUUAUGAGAACACCUCUAUAGCCUCCGAAGACUGCCUUUAUCUGAACAUCUGGAGGCCGUCAUCCGCGUGCCCGUCAACUGGUACAUGCAUUGCGAACCUCCCAGUGGUUGUGUUUUUUUACGGUGGCGCGUUCCAGUGGGGAGACUCAGCGUUGUUCCUUUACGACCCAGCCAACUUUGUGGCUCUUUCGAACGUCGUCUAUGUGACCUUAAAUUAUCGUCUUGGCAUCCUUGGAUUCUUGUCGUCUGGAACAGAAACGCUUCCCGGAAAUUACGGUUUAUGGGAUCAGAACCUUGCCUUGAAGUGGGUGAAGAGGAACGUCGGCCGCUUUGGUGGAAACCCCAACGACGUCACUCUCAAUGGGUUCAGCGCUGGAGCGAUCUCCGCGGGACUUCAAGCUAUAUCGCCCCAUAGUCGCGGCCUUUUUCACAAGCUUAUUCUUCAAAGCUCUACACCCCUCUCAAUGAUAUUAGGAAUCAGUCUCGCCGGCGUUGGAAAGUUUUUGGGCGUCGCAGGAAACUUGGGAUGUUUCGAUGGUGAUCCAGACUGGUCUGAAAACAUUCAGAAAAUUAUGAAGUGUUUAGAAAAGUCAAACGUGGAUUAUAUUUACAAUACUCUCAGAAAAGCAGGCGGAGUGAAUAAGGAAGCGUGCAAAAGCAACGUUAACGUCACUGAAUGCGGUGCUCAAGAAAAAGACGAACUCGACAUGUUCUUAGGAGCCCAAGAAAGGUUGACUAAGGCCGAACCGCGUCAUUGCACUGCAGCGAGCAAGAUCAUCGGUCCCCUGCUGGAAUAUUUUCUCGAAGAGCCGCGCCUCAACAAUCACGAAGACAUUCUUCGUUACUGGGAGAUCCACAAGGUUGAACGACGAGAACUCCAUCAGCUAGCCAAAUGUUGCUCUGGCAUCGCCAGCUACGCAAGUAAGCGAAGAGCGAACCUUCUCAGGUGUCAAGUUUAUGCUUUCACCGCUUCGAGCCAACUUGAAAGUGUCGAUGAUAGACAACAUCAUGUUACUCCGCGCGAACAGAAAGGUGCCAUAAGUAUGUAUAACGCUAUGAAACGUCAUAACAUGUAA